AUGGAUUGUGAAGCAUUUGUGCCACCACCUGAAGCCCCUGUUUAUGAACCAACUGAUGAGGAAUUCAAAGACCCCAUAACCUACAUAGCCAGCAUCCGACCAGUUGCAGAAAAGUUUGGCAUUUGCAGAAUUAAGCCGCCUUCACACUGGCAGCCACCAUUUGCACCUGAUCCAGACACUUACAUGUUUACACCAAGGAUUCAAAAGCUCAAUGAAUUAGAGGCUAAAUCUCGAAUAAAACUUCAUUUUCUCAACCAUUUGACAAAGUUCUGGCAUUUACAGCACAAUCCAUUGAAAAUACCUUUCAUUGAAAACAAACAUUUGGACUUGUACCACUUAAGAAAGUUUGUGCACGAGAGAGAUGGCUUCCACAAGGUCACUUAUGACUUCAAGUGGAAAGAAAUUGCCCAACAACUCGGAUACUCAACGACACCUGAGGUCACUAACUCUCUCAAGAAUUAUUACUUCAAACUUUUACUGCCAUAUGACGUCUUCCUUGCUGGGACUCCUGACCUCAAUGUACAAAUGGAACUGUCUGAAGCUGAGGGCAGUAAUAAGCACAGCAACCCCAAUAGUAGCAUCGAAGUUGACACAAGCAAAUGUGAGAGCUUAAAAUUAGAAAAUGAAUUAUCAUCUAAGAAGAAAUGUCACGAAUUGAAGAAGCUUCAGUUCUAUGGACCUGGUCCCAAAACUGCUCUGCCCGAUGCAAUGCCGAAAAUUGCAACCUUUUCUCGUCCGCAUUUUAGAUCAUUUUACAUGUUCACUUUCUUGUGCAUAAUUUAUACUCAACUCAGUCUUACACUUCCCAGUCACAUCACCUCUAAAUCUCUACUUCUUGAUCUACUUCAUUCAUGCAGUUCUUCCUAUCUCAGUUGCAUUGCGCCUCAAGGAAACAUUAAAUUUGAAAUUACACUGAGUAUAUGUAUUCCGUGUCAGUCGAACAUCAGUGAGUCCAUCUGCUGCAGUGUGUGUGCAGGUUUGUUCCACCAUGCUUGCCUCAUUCUUCCUCUUCGAGAGUCAAGCAGGAAGUCUUGGAGGUGUCCAUUCUGCAUUGCAAAGGAGUGCAAACGACCGAUGCCCUCAUUUGGGUUUGAACAGUCACAAUGCGAGUACUCCCUCAAGACAUAUGGACUCAUGGCUGACAAGUUCAAAUCAGAUUAUUUCAAAAUGUCGUGUCAUCUUGUACCCUGUUCAGUAGUGGAACAAGAGUUUUGGAGCCUGGUGAAUUGUUUGGAGAAAGAUGUGGUUGUGGAGUAUGGAGCUGACAUCCACACCUUGGAGUUUGGAAGUGGGUUCCCGACAAUUAAAAACCAACAUCUCAUUGAAGACGAAGACAAAAUUUAUAUAACGAGUCCUUGGAACUUGAACAACCUUCCAAAUUUGGAGCAUUCCCUCCUGAAAUACAUCAAUGUUGACAUUAAUGGCAUGAAGGUACCUUGGGUUUAUGUAGGGAUGUGUUUUUCUAGUUUUGCUUGGCAUAUUGAAGACCAUUGGAGCUACUCAGUUAAUUACAUGCAUUGGGGUGAGCCAAAGACAUGGUAUGGCGUACCAGGAUCAAGUGCCUCCCACCUUGAGGACUGCAUGAGUAAAAAUGCACCUGAACUUUUUGCCCAAUUCCCCGAUCUGCUCCAUCAACUGACCACCAUCAUGAACCCGACUGUUCUGCAGAAAUCUGGAGUGCCGAUAUAUCGGACCGACCAGCAUGCAGGCGAAUUUGUGAUAACCUUCCCAAGAUCCUACCACUCUGGUUUCAAUCAGGGCUACAACUGUGCUGAGGCUGUCAACUUUUGUACCGCUGAUUGGCUACCAUUUGGACAUGGGUGCAUAGAGAAUUAUCGUUUGCACAAAAGGCAGUGCGUGUUCUCAAAUGAUGAAUUUGUUUUCAACAUUCUGGCCCAUGUGAAUGAGUUGACACAGGAGUGUUUGUAUGCAUUGUAUCAAAUACUCGUGGACAUCGUUAAGAAGGAGAAAGAGAUGAGAGAACAAGUGAAGCAGGAGGGCAUCACGUCCUCACAGCAAGAAUCUUUUGAGCUUCUCUCAGACGAUGAUCGACAGUGUGAGUACUGCAAAACAACAUGCUUCCUAUCUGCUGUUACGUGCAAUUGUACACGUGAGUUUGUUGUUAUUUUUUUUUCUAUUUAUCUAACGACAACCAAAGUGGUUUUUAGUUUCAUUUGA